UUCUGUAUGAUGUAAUUGUGAUUUUUGCGUUGUUGUUCUCCAUUUGAGUUUGUAAUUGGUAUUGUUAAAAAUAAAUAAAUAAUUGGCGCGUUUUUAUUGAUCCGCCGUUGCGCCCGCCUCGCCGUGAUGACGUCACAACAGACGCGUUCAUUCAGCGUCGAGUCUUCAGAGCUGAGGUGAGUCGUUGUCGCUUUAUCUCGUGUUUACACAACGAUAAAACACACUUUACAGUUUAUUAAAGCGACAAUCUGCGACUAGUUUCUGCAUUGAGUUCACCUCUAUCUGUGUGUCUGCUGACCAAAACAAUACAGCAGGCAGAGAGGAGAUCUGAGAGGACAAAACUAUAACGGUUAACGUUACUAUUAUUGUUUGAUAAACUAGAGUAAUUAGUUUAUCGUGUAAACACUUGUAUAAAAUGAGCUGAACUGAUCCUGAAUGGUAGUAUAUAGUCUGAGGCUCGACAAUAUUAUCAAAGCGCCUGAAAUUCUCUAUGUCAUGUCAGUAUUUCCUGUUUUUUUUACUUCAUUCAUUAAACUGAUGUCAUCAGAUCUGUUAAUUGCCACAUUAACUACGAUAAUGAUUUAAUUUGUCAAUGACUUCUGCAGAUUUUUUGUGUCCAGUUUUUUCCUCCUUCAGUUCAGCUGUAAAUACUGGAAUAUCCCCAUCAGUCUACAACUGAAGACGAGCAUCAGACCAUCAGGAAGAAGAGAAAUCUGCAAAGACAGAGUUUAUUGAAGGACAGUGAGAAGAUGAGUGAUCCAGAACCCUGCAGAAUUAAACAGGAAGACACUGAAGAACUAAUAGGUGUGAUGGUAAAGGAGGAGAGUGAAGACCUGAGCGGAGAUGAGGAGAAACAUCAUGUCAAGAGUGAGGAAGAAACUCAAUCAGAGACUGAACAUAGGAUUUCAAUUGAAAGAACAGCUGGUAAAGGUUUCACCUGCACUCAGUGCGGAAAGAGUUUCAAGAACAAACACCUUCUCAAGCGUCAUGUGAUGAUCCACACCGGAGAGAAACCUUACCAGUGUUCACACUGCGACAAGAGAUUCAAUGAUUCAGGAAACCUGAAAACACACGCGAGGACUCACACUGGGGAGAAACCGUAUCACUGCACUGCUUGUGGGAAGAGUUUUACACAAUCGUCUUCUCUGCGAACACACACAAAACACAAUCACAACCUGAUAACAAAGGAGGAGGAGAGUGAAGAUUUGAGUGAAGCCAAGAAGGUCAACUUCAGCGUUCGUAUGAAGGAGGAACCCUAUUCAUGUUCUGUCUGUGGAAAGAGUUUUAAACAUCAGUCGAGUUUAAGUCAGCAUCAGAUGAUCCACACCGGAGAGAAACCUCACGCGUGUAUUCAGUGUGGGAGGAGUUUUGGACAAUUAUCAAACCUUAUUCAACACAUGCUGAUCCACUCCGGAGAGAAGCCGCACAAAUGUGAUCAAUGCGGCAGAACAUUUUUUAGGCAUUCACAUCUGAAAAACCAUCAGAGCGUUCAUACAAAGGAGAAGCCUUAUUCGUGUGCUCUAUGUGGAAAGACUUUUACGCGGCAGUCGAGUUUAAGUCUACACGAGAAGAUCCACACUGGUGUGAAGGAGCAUGUGUGCUUUGAGUGUGGGAAGACUUUUUUUCAAGCCGGAUAUUUGAAGCGACACCAGAGGAUUCACACUGGAGAGAAACCUUACGCGUGUUCACACUGCGACAGGAGAUUUGUUUGGUCAGAAUGUCUGAAGAUACACGAGAGGACUCACGCUGGAUAGAAAACACAUCAAUGUGAUCAAUGCCGCAAAACAUUUUAAGAUCUGUAUAAACAUCUUCGGGUAGGGACACACCAAGUUGGUUUGGUGUUUUCCUCGUCACCUCUUAACAUCAGUGCUUAUUGGCCAGAUUCAGCAUGUAGAAUUGGCUGAAGGGACCAAUCUGAUUAGUUAUUCAGCAGUGAACCUGAGUGUGUCGUGUGUGUGAAGUGACAUCACUAAUAAACAAUUCAAGUCAAGAACGAACACAAAGAGG